UUGACGGCCAGUGGGGACCGAGAUGGGCGGGCCGAUUACACUCGAUGGGGAGCGAUAAUGAUUUCCCCCUAGUUAAAGCUGGCUGGCGGCGCGUUUUACCACGCGCCGCUGCGGGCCGCGCGUGCCUUCGGACCUCAGACACGUGCUCUGACGUCACCAGCACGCCGGCCGCUCAUUGGUCGCUCGGUGCCUAGGCGGGGCGGCGCUUAACGAACUAUAUAAACCCAAUGUAAAGCUGUUGCAAAAUCAUCUGACUUCAUUGAAGCUUAUUGAGUUAGUUUAGUCGGGUCUGUCCUUUCAUUCCAAUUUAGGUUGCGAUUGGUCAUUAUCAGUCCGAUACUGUUUCCGCGAACGAUUCCUGUUUUUUGCUGCCGUCGGCGACCUUUGAUUUUCGGUCAUCUUCCGGCGCCUCCUCUGGGUUUCCGACCCAGAGAAGUGCCAUGAGUGGCGACCAGCAGGAAUAUCUGGCACAGGAGGGUCCACCAGUGAGCCAACAUCAGCAGCAGCAGCAUGGUCUGCUUCCUCAGUAUCAGCAACAGCAGCAGCAACAACACCUCUACACGACACCGCAGGCCUCCAAAUCUCCGACGGACCCGCGGAACUUCCACUCCAUCCAGGUGAUGCUAGGCCUGGGUCAGGAGCUGUACGGCGUCGGCGGUGACCCCGGCGGCCUGUUGGCGACCUCACUGUCCGAGCUGACGCCCCCGGGCAGCGUGGCCUUGACCCCGCCGCCGGUGGUGACCUCAGUGCCCCCGCUGGCGCCCCAACAGCACCAGCAGCAGCACCAGCAGCACCAGCAGCAACACCAACAGCAACAGCAGCAGCAGCAGCAGCAGCCACCGGCAACGUCCGCCGCACAGCCUUCUACGUCUGAAACUAAGAAAUCUGAGAAGUCUUCAAAGAAAAAUGAGUCCGGUGUGAAGAAGAAGAAAACGAGGACCACGUUCACGGCCUACCAGCUGGACGAACUGGAGCGGGCCUUCGAGCGCGCCCCGUACCCGGACAUUUUUGCGCGCGAGGAGCUGGCGCUCAAACUGAACCUGAACGAGUCGCGCGUGCAGGUCUGGUUCCAGAAUCGGCGCGCCAAGUGGCGCAAACGAGAGCCGCCGCGCAAAAACUACGUGCCCGGCAUGUCCUCCGGCCCGCUGUUGGGAGCGCCCAUCAACUCCUUCAACGUCACCAACUACUCUCAGGUGCCGGACUGGUCAUACGGCACUUCCUACGACGGCCACAUGAACCUCUUCAACGCCAACACGUACGGCUACCAGCCGCAGCCGCCCCCUCCGCCCCCUCCGCCGCCACCGCCCCUCGGCUCGGCUCCGCCCCCGGUCGGCGCUUACUCCGCCUACCAGCCGGUGCCGCAGCCAAUCAGCGACUGUCUGUUCGCGCAGUCGCAGACGCCGCCUCGCGCGGAUUUUGGGCCGCUGCGAGGGGAGAGCGAUAUCACCGGGGAGGCGAUGUCGGACGCCGUGGUAAAAUCAGAGGACGAACGGCGCGACAAGGACUCGUACCCGCUGCCGUCUUUUUUAGUCUAAGGCACGAUCUGGUGAACAUGCGGCGGUGAUUUUGCUAGCCAAGGUGGUGUACUCAAGGAGUAUAGGGUACUACAUGAAUUUUAAAGCAUGAAUUUUCGUCAGAAGUUUGUUUGAUUUAUGUUUUAUCAGCACCCAUGUUA